CUAUGAUCUCACAUGGAUGGAGUGGAAGGACGCUUUAGAGACCGCGUUCCCACGUUCUACUGACUUUGUGGAUCUACUUGAAUCUAUGCUUGCUAGAAAGAAAACGAAUACGGAAACUAUGACAAAAUAUUUCCACGACAAGGUUUCCUUAUUAAAAAAAUGCAAUAUCAUUGGCGAGUCUGCAAUUUCGUGCAUAAUUCGCGGUCUACCCAUGGAAAUAAGAGCCAACGCGAAAGCUUUCCAAUGCAGUACACCACAGCAACUAUACUACGGGUAUUUGUCGUCAUUGGAAAACUACAGACAAAUUGAAGCCAGCCAUCCGCGACCAACUACCACGUGGCGAAGAGAGGGCGCCGUUGCUACAAUUGCAAGAGGGAGUGAUUUUCAACCGAAGAAAUGUUACGCCUGCCGAAGAGAAGGUCAUGAAGCAAAGGACUGCAAGGUGCCACGCUGCGAGGUGUGCCAUCGCCCGGGUCACACGUCUGCCAGCUGCUGGCAUGCGGCCAGCUCUUCACAUCAAAAAGUGCCGUACAGCAGCGACAAACCAGGCGCCAAUAGCAGCGCUGAUCUCCGUGGGACACGGCAUACACAGGAUGGCCGAAUGUUAUCAAUUAAUACUUCCGGUCCUACAUAUACGGCUAGUUCGGGUACAUCUUGAUGAUUAUUUAUAAGUAUAGAUUAAAACUUUUG